GAUUCAAGGAUCUCUAGACAGGUACUACUGCCCCGCAAACACCGUACUAGCCUCUAAGCUGCCCCAGAAAAGGUCGCCGGGUGUCAGUUCUCAGGCGAUAUGGGACGCAGUUGCCAGCAAAUGCAGCGAACAAUGCACAUGCGAUACGGCUCUGACAAGGAACAUUGGGAUUUCAGAACAAGCCAAAAGAUUGGAUGUUUUAACCUCAUGAUUCCGCGCCCUAAAACCGCAGCCACUCGACAAGCAGAGACGAACCCGGUAAUAUGGUUCAGUGGUUCAAAGAUAUCUCAUGUCCAUUGAAGAUUGUUCACAAGGGAAGAAUGUAUGCAGGUCUUGUUAUGGGCAAGUUUUGUUGCUGGGAGUGAGAAAAAGGGUUUGAUGGCUUUGGGCGUCGAUAGACAAAAAUUGCCUAUAUUCUGCAGAUGAAUCGAUAAUUCCUCCACAACCCUUCUCCCCCUUGCAGUUCUUCGAGCCAGCAAUCCUUCGCAUAGAAGAGUCAUUAAAAAGGUAGAUUUUAUGGCCGCCAUAAGCUGAUUCCAGUAUUUGUUUUGCCGACAAGGGCGUAGAAGGCCAUUGGCUUGGUGAGACGCACAGGCAGUGGUAGUCUAAUUUACCUGGAACGUAUAUUGAAGCUGAUUUCUUGGAAAGCAAAAGAAUAAUAGUCCGAAUUCCAAAAUCUACACCGUUCAUCACGGACAUUCGGAUCAAAGCUUGUCUGAUCAGAUCAUCUGAAGCUACUCAGAGUUGCCGACGAGUUUCAUUUGUCUGGCAAUCUCAAAUAUGAAGAGACCAGGUUUAAAGAUCUUCCGGGACGGAAACGAGUAUAGCACGGAACCUUUAACCUUGGAAGCGCAGGAUCGCCACGAGAUGCAGAUGGCUCGUGCUUGUUGAUCUUUAUGAAUCUUCUCAGAACAUUUAGACUUUGAGGUGAGCUUUUGAUACACCCUUGAGCUUCCAAGUUCUGGCCAUGGGAUUGUACGGAGUAUGCCACAAAUAUCAAAGUUUAGUCUCCAAUACGGGACUCGAAACUUUGCACAAGAUGGAGAUGGACACUUUAUGAAAUAGGACUACUAUAACAACAGAGAGCUGGGAAAAAUAGGGACUUGUCUAGAAAUGCAACGAGGGCACUACAAACGCAAAAAUUUCCAGUGUUUAUUGGUGUAUUUAUGAUUUAUCAUCGUAUUUACGAUUUCUACGCUCAAUACUUGUCCUUGGCUUUCCUCGAUCAUUAAGUGAUUAGUCAUAAUUUGAUAUCAUGCCUCAGGUUUCAGAUUGAUCCCACUUCGCUUUAUCGAUAAAGGGAAUUUGAUAAACCUCUUCGUCAUUAUCAAAUUUACGUUCAAUAUUUCAGGACACCAUAGCUCUUACAUCUGUAACCUGCAAUCCAUUCAACACUCCGCUGCCUAUCGACUCGCAAGUCCAGCUGAAAAUAUCUAACCCGAGUCACAACGUUGAAGUCGUCAGCUAUCCAACUAGCAUAGGAAAACCAUUCCUGUUAGCCAGCAGAGCCCCAAGUGACCCCCAACCCAUCUCAAUAUGGCAUCGGCAGACAAUGCGAAUCCUACGAUCUUGAAUGUGUCCGAAAUAUCACGUCGAAGAGAAAAGCGCAAGGUUCGAGAUUAUUCGGCCAAGAGACAUGGUAUACAGAGUAUAUUGAUGGCGAAACCCAGCUAUGCAUUGGAUCCUUUCUACAUGUCAGAUUUCUCAGAUGAAGACUCAGACUCGGAAGAUUCUGGCUUAGAGCCAAUAGAUGAACAGGAAAUCUAUGACUUGAUUGCACCAAUCUCCGACCCCGAGCACCCUCUUUCAUUGGAGUCUCUCGGAGUAGUUAAGCUUGAGGAUGUUCAUCUUGUUUCGCCUCCUGAUCUCACAAACCCAGCAGCACUGUCUCGCGUACUGGUUGAAUUGACGCCAACGGUUUCACAUUGCUCCCUAGCAACCGUUAUUGGACUUGGCGUGCGAGUACGUUUGGAACAAGCUCUUCCGCCAGGAUACCGAGUCGAGGUCAAGAUUAAGAAGGAUACACACAGUCAAGCUGAUGAAGUCAACAAACAACUGGCUGAUAAGGAGCGUGUUGCGGCUGCCCUCGAGAAUGAUAAUCUCAUGAAUUUGCUAAGGAAGAUGAUGAAAACCUGUCUUGAUGGCUAAUGAUAUCAUAACCACAGACAUAAGAUUUCUGUGAGACUGCUUUAGCCAGUGCCGGGAACUCCUCGUUACGAGGAAAAUCUACAAAACCGUUGCCACAUACGAGAUCACUUCCGCAAUGCUCUGAUACUUUCUAAAGUUACGCAGAUCCGUCCCCAAUUAAUGAACUACGAAUAAUAUGAAGUAUCAUCACAAAAAUCCACACCAAGUACUACA